ACUCCAAUCCAAGGCUCCAUCUAAAUCCUUUCCACAUUUACAGAGCUAGGCCAACAGAAGAAAGUUGAUCCCAAACUCCACGAAACCAAUAAACUCUUUUCUCAGAGGUAGUAGGAGAAGAAUUUUCAACCAUUAAUCUUCAAUCUUUCUCUCAGGUUUAGCUAAAUACCCAUUUCUCAGAUCCCCUGCAGAUCUCUACAAAAUUGCCAGAAAGUGCUAUCAUUUGAUCCAUUUUAAAAUCAUCCCACAAAUGGGUUUUGGUUUUUCCUCAGCACCAUUCUUCCUUUUUCUCUCAUUUCUUGCCCUCAUUUCCAAUCUUGAAACAAGUCCUGUUGAAUCUGCAGCUGAUUAUACAACCCUGGUCUACAAGGGUUGUGCAAAGCAGACUUUCACAGAUCCAACUGGGGUUUACUCACAAACUCUCUCUGCCCUCUUUGGCACCAUGGUUUCCCAGUCCAUGAAAACAAGGUUCUACAAGACCACAACUGGGACUACCCAAACCACCAUAACUGGUCUAUUUCAGUGCAGGGGAGACCUCAGCAACAGUGACUGUUACAACUGUGUGAGCGGACUGCCACAGCUAGCAACCAAACUCUGUGGUCCAACCAUAGCUGCUAGAAUCCAGCUUUUGGGGUGCUAUAUGUUGUAUGAAGUUGCUGGCUUUGCUGAAGUUUCAGGCAUGGAAAUGCUGUACAAGACUUGUGGGGGAACAAAUAGAGCUGGAAGUGGGUUUGAGGAAACAAGGGAUACUGCCUUUUCUGUGUUGGAAACUGGGGUGGUUAAUGGCCAUGGUUUUUAUACCACUAAUUAUCAGUUUGUGUAUUUGUUGGGCCAAUGUGAGGGAGAUGUGGGGGAUUCAGAUUGUGGAGAGUGUGUGAAGACUGCUGUGCAGAAAGCUCAGGUCGAGUGUGGCAGCUCUCCAUCAGGCCAAGUCUAUCUAAAUAAGUGCUUCAUCAGUUAUAGCUAUUAUCCAAAUGGGGUUCCUAGAAGAUCCGCACCAUCUUAUUCUUCUCCAUCUUCUUCUUCAGGACAAAGUGCAGGGAAGACAGUGGCUAUAAUAUUAGGAGGGGCAGCAGGAAUAGCCUUCCUAGUUAUUCUACUCAUGUUUGCAAGAAGUGUGAUGAAGAAAGACACAUGAUGAUCUCUGAAAGAAGGAAAAUAAAUAUUUCUAAAGAGGAAGAGUUCUUUUUGUGGUGGAUUCUUUCUAGAAUUUUACUUUUCUUUUUUUUUUUUGGAAGAGGAAAUGAGGGUUUUUUCUGGUGAAUAUAAUUGGUGAGGAAAAUGAUGAAAAAAGUGUAAUUGUGUUGAGCUUUCAGUUUCACUAUCCACAGUUUGGAGAAACAAUUUGUGGGGCAGAGAAGAAUAUUGUGCAUGAAAUGUAAAAAUGAAAAUUCUCAGAAAGAUAGCCAUGUGGGUAAUUGUCUUUUUCUUUUUUCCUCUCUUCUUCGUACUAAUGCUUUCCCAUUUUCUUCACGUCUUUAUGCUUUUUGGAAAGUAAACAAUGUCUUUCUCCUCUCCCUCUCUCUCCACUCAGAUUUGUUUGUUUGUUUUAUGAGACUUUUUUCUUCUUCUAUUACUUGUUUUGUUUGACUUUCUUUCUUCUAUUAUUAUAUAAAUUACUGAAUUUAAG